CAGAAUUAUUCCUACGCUGCAACCAUCUCUCCGAUGAAGCCACCUCCUCCUCGUUUCCGUCUCUCUUUGAUAGGACGCUCGGGUCUCAAACAAGCCCGCCAAAUCCACGCCCAUUUGAUCUCCCUCGGCCUCGUCUCCUACACCUACGUCACCAGCCGAGUCCUCGCCCUCUACGCCCUCCAUGACAUGGCCCUUGCCCACCAGCUGUUCGCCCGAAUCCCCCAGCCGACCAUCUUCAACUGGAACACCAUGAUCCGCGGGUUCUCCGACACCGCCCGACCCCACCGUGGUCUCGCCGUCUACGUCGGCAUGCGCCGCCACGACGUCUUUCCCAACAUGCAUACUUUUCCGUUCACGAUCAAGUCGUGCACCGGUGUCCCCGUGCUUUCCCAGGUCCACGGGCAGGUUUUUAAGUUCGGGUUCGAUCUCGAUGUCUUCGUUACCAGCUCUCUCGUGAAAAGGUACUCCGAUCUGGGAGCUGUACAACUUGCUUCCAAGGUAUUCGACGAAAGUUCUCACAGAAACGUAGUUUGUUGGACUAGUCUCGUAACCGGUUACUGCAGUCAUGGCUUGGUGGAUAAAGCCCGCAGCUUGUUCGAUCAUAUGCCCGAGAGAAACGGUGCUUCCUGGAGUGCCAUGAUCACGGGGUACGUGCAGAACGAACGCCACAAAGAGGCCAUCGAGUUGUUCCACGAGUUGAGAGAAUGUUCGGCUGCAGAGCUCAACGACGCUCUUCUUGUCAGUGCUCUGAGCGCUUGUGCGAGUCUGGGCGCUUUGGAGGAGGGGAGAUGGAUCCAUUCACACAUAGACGCAAAGGGAUCGACGCACUACGGGCUCGAGCUUGGGACUGCACUGGUGGAUUUCUACGCAAAAUGUGGCUUCGUCGACGGCGCGAGAGAGGUCUUCGACAAGAUGCCACGCAAGGAUGUGACAGCUUGGAGUGCGAUGAUCAUGGGACUAGCUCUCAACGGGCACAGCCGUCCCGCCAUCAGCGUCUUCUCGGAAAUGCUAAAGCAAGGCGUGGCGCCGAACGCGAUCACCUUCAUCGGAGUCCUGGCCGCUUGUAAUCACGGAGGCCUGGUCGACGAAGGGCGGGCUCAUUUCGAGAGCAUGGUUUCGGCAUACGCCGUACGCCCCACGAUCGAGCACUACGGAUGCAUGGUGGAUUUGCUGAGCAGGGCCGGCCACACUGCAGAGGCCGAGGGGCUGAUUGAGUCCAUGCCAAUGGAGCCGGACGGGGUGAUAUGGGGAGCUCUGCUGAACGGAUGCCGGAUGCACGGCCAUUUCAAGCGGGGGGAGCGGGCGGGGAGGCGGGUGAUCGAGCUGGAGCCCGCGCAUUUCGGGAGGUACGUCGGGCUGGCCAACGUGUAUGCAUCGAUGAAGAGGUGGGAUGGUGUGGCGGAGCUGCGAACGGCAAUGAGGAAGAGGCAGGUGACCACCACGCCUGGGUGGAGUUCGAUUGGCCAUCUUGACGACAAAACCCACCGACAGAAAGAGACUCAAUAGAUAGGUCGCUCUCUAUCAAUCCGCCUGCGGAGGACUUAGUGUGGCAUCUUGCGAAGCUGAGCACGUCUCUGUGCUGUGCAGUUCCCGCUCGGCCCACCUGAUCUCCUCCUUCCGCGAAUUCAGGACGGAACGCCGCAGGUGAAGCUAUAUGCAUUUAAAAGAGAGCACGUCUCGCAAGGAAGAUGGAGGAAGAAUCAAAGACAUCAGUUUCGUUGAUGCAGUAGACCGAGCUUAAAAUUUUAUACUCUUCCAAAGAAGGUCAACAUGCAUCAUGUUAAGCCACAAAGAGUCAACGAGGGGAGAAUGGAAAUCAUGCCAACUUCAACAGCCACCAUCAUCACUCCUGGUAUCCACUACUCCUUUAUGAAAUUUGUUGGAUGCAGGAUCGAAUGAUCUUCCUUUAAGUAUUAAGAACUGCAGCAUUGCUAUUUUGUAUUUGCAAAUAGUAUAUUCUCUUAUAUACUGAUCAAUUGCAUAUCAUAUGCUUCACAUA